AUGUCGUUGAAAGUAUGGAUUAUUCUUUUCGUGCUGCGAGAGAUCUACAAGUUUAUCGCUGAAUUGAUAUCAUCAGGCAAGAGUGUUCACGAUGCAUGUAUUGUGUAUGCAAAAUUCCUAUUGAAAUGGGAACCUGGAGAACAAGUGAGGAAGAAUCAAGAAACACUGCUCAGAAACGCGAUCGCUGCUUUUCCUUAUCAUCAUUCUCUGCUUUAUGAGACACUGGUUAAGGCCAUGUCCAAAACGCCUUUUGGUGAAAGGCCCACUGCUUUUGAAUACAUCGUGCAAGGUCUGUUUGGUCAGCGAUUAGUAAUGGUCAGCAAGUUUUGUGGGACGUGUGGAGCAUUCACAGCUAAGAAGCGUUGUCCGAAGUGCAAGUUAUGCUAUUGCUGUGUUGACUGCCAAAAGUUGGACUGGCCAAUUCACAAGUUGUGUUGUGAAUCUAUCAAGACGUGGAACACGAUCCCUGAUGCAAAAGACACUAUUUCCUUGGACGGAUAUCGCAAGCUACAUUAA